UCAUGAGCUUUGCAAAGUUUCUCACCCUCCCUCCCUCCGCGCCCCUCCCCCCCCUCUCUCUGUGCAAAAUUCUGCUCCUGAUUGACCGGGCAACAGCAUCCAUUUCCAGACAUGUGAGAGCGAAUGAUUGAAGAAUGUCUGCGUUCUUUGCGAUUUUAUUGAUUCUCUGCGCAACCCACCUUUAAAUCUUGAUUCCUCGGAAGCAGAAACCAUCGAACUCAGACGAGUGAACCCGACACAACCUAGAAAAAAUAAAACACAAGACCAAGUCCCAAGAUUCCAUUUCCAUUCUGGCGCACGAAAAGUCUUUCUUUUAUAAUGCUUUAUCGACUCAUGUUCACGUUCUCAUGGACGGCGGCCUCAGCCUGAUUGACCGGACGGGAUCGUUCAAGAAAGCAACCAUUGCCCCUUGCCACCGGCAGCAGAGUCUCUUCAAUGUCCAGAUUCGAUGUGAAAGUAUGCAUGUGAAGAGGGGAUAACCUGCAGGGACACAGGAGCACUGCUUUGAUCAGCUCAGGAUGGCGUCAGAGCCCAAUUGGCCUCAGUUGCCGAAAGAACUUCUGGAAAUGAUCUCGGAUCAGCUAACCGGACUAGAUGAUCAUGUCCGAUUUCGGGCUGUCUGUCGAAGUUGGGCAAGCAUCAGACCUCCCUCCAGGGUACCUCAUCAAAUGCCAUGGCUUCUCCACCCUUGUAAUCAGGACACUGAUACAAGAAGUUUUGUCAGCAUUUCGGAGAACAAGUUCUACCGAUUCAGCUCACCGGAAUUUCUUGGUAAAAGAUGCUGUGGUUCCUCUUAUGGUUGGCUGGCAUUGCUAGAUGGAACCCCUGAAAUUUUACUAUUUAAUCCACUCACUGAAGAGAAAAUUCUUCUCCCAAACUUGACGAGUUUGCCAGAGGUUCUUGAGUUCCACAAAAAGGGCAAGGAAUACCUCUAUCAAGAUAUUUUGGGGGAGCACCACACUAUAGACAUGGAUAUCAUGAAGAAUUUCUUCAUCCAACGUAUUGCCUUGUCGGGAGAUCCUACGUUGGUAAACCAGAAUUCUUGGGCAGCAAUGUGCUAUGAUUUAAGAGCAAAUAGACUGGCUUUUUGUAAGGUACAUGAUAAAUCAUGGACUGUGCUCCAAGACCAACCAUCGAGAUAUGUUGACUUUCUCAUUCAUAAGGAGCAACUAUAUGCAGUGGAUUUCACUGGGAGAGUGAUCAUUUGUGACUUGAGUUCCCCUGAGAAUUUGGUCAUUGUUCAGCCUGAAUCAGUUUCUGGACCUCGCCGCAGAUAUUUGGUUGAACUAAGAGGAGCCUUGCUAAUGAUUUGCGCGCCAAUGGAUAAUGUGGUCAACUUACCCGAGGAAGAAGAGGAGAAUUUUUAUGAGGCACUGCUUGAUAGUGACUAUUCUGUUAUUUAUGACCCUGAAGAUGGUGGCAGAGGGCCUGUCCACAUGCAAUAUAAGAACAGAGCUCUCUGGUUCCACAUCUUUGAAUUGGAUGAGGUAGAGCAAAGAUUUGUGAAGGUGAACAACUUGGGCAACUAUGCCCUGUUCUUGAGUAAAAAUUAUUCCGUGUCCUUAUUGGCUUCCGAAGUCCCAAGAUGCAGAGGAAACUGCAUUUACUAUCUUGAUGGUUUCACAGUGAAAGGGGGCACCAACAUGAAGAAUGGUUACGAAUUAUGCAGAUUCAACUUGAAGAGUGGAGCUACUCAACACAUAAUUACACUUAUCUCACAUGUACCUAAUCGCCGUUGCUCCUUUGGACAGGACACGUGGUUUAUCCCCUCAUCUGUAGCCAACUGGAUGCCCACCCAAAGCUCUCGAUUGGCAGCAGAAGACUCAAUUACAUGGAUCCCAAAUGUCAAAGGAAACUUCUUCAUCAAAUCCACGCUAGAUAUACAUGGCCAGAUUUCCUUUCCAGGGCCCCUUAAACCCACCGAGUGGAAAGCUAUCAUGGAAGUGAACUUGCCUCGGAGACUCCAGUUGCUGCUAUGGAGGGUGGCCUGUGGAGUUCUACCAGCCAAAGAGGUUGCCAGGACUCAGUACCUUGUUCCUGAAUCUCCUUGUCCGUUCUGCCAUCAAGUGAGAGAGUCUUUAGAGCACCUCCUUCUUUCCUGUCAAUUUACACAAGUGGCGUGGUUGAACUCUGCAUGGCCCCUGCGCCUUUCAGCCUUAGAGAUUACUAGAUUAGCAGAUUGGAUUCGGAUAGUUGUCAAUCCAAGCAAUGCACUCGGGAUCAAUGGUAAUGAAGCAAAAAAGUUCCUCACUUAUGCUGUCAUGUUCAUUGUCCAUCUUUGGGAGCUCCGGAACCAGUUAGUGGCCACUAGAAAGGAGAGACAACCCUUGGAUUUUGCUCAUGUCCUUAAUGCGAAUUAUGGACGCCUCUUGAAAGUGUGGGAUUUCAGGCAACAAAGUGAGUUUCGUGGCGCAAAGUGGGUCCCUCCUCCUGGAAAUAAAAUCAAGGUGAACUUCGAUGUGGCAAUGUGCCUGGAUUUUGCUAUGUUAGCCAUGACUUGCCGGGACAGUGAAGGGAGGUUUCUUCUUGCUUGGACUGAGAGAAUACCUGCUUGCGACCUCAUUGUUGGAGAGGCUAAGGCUGCUUUCUUGGCUGUUUCUACUGCGAUUGAAUAUGGUUUCACUAAGAUCACAGUGGAAGGCAAUGAUCCAGCGGUAAUCCAGCCGCUGCAGCACUGGAAAACUCCUCCCUCUGGAGCCAUCGCCAAUGUAAUUGCUGAUAUCAGGACUUUGCUCAGUUCGACUACAUGGCGCGUGAACUAUGUAUCUGUAAUGGAAAAUUUAGCCACCCAUAAUCUUGCCUGUUGGGCUGCUUUCUACGAUAGGAGUGGCUCUGUACCGGUCUCUUCUCUCCCUUUUUGUGUCAUCUAUGCUGAUGACAGAGGUUGCCACUCGAAGUCAGGAUCCGCGCGAGCACACGGAUGGAAUGGAAACUAUAGGCCAACCUAUCCUUGAUGAAGUUCUUUAUUAUAGCAAGCAAGUUGUUUUUUUUUCCCUGUUUUUGCAUAAGAACUAGGGGUGUGCAACCAGACCGGGUUUACCUAGGAACCAGACUGGACACUCGUCUGGGAACAGGUUCCUCUUUGAACCAGUCCGGGAACCGGUUCCAUUUUUUGGGAACCGGUUUCAACCGGUCCGGUUCCCAAUUCCAAGUAAAGGCCCACUCGGAACCAAACUGAUUGAACCGGUUUUGAAAUAGGUUUUUACUAGUCUUAAAAGAAGAUUUGUUAACCGUUAUACAUAAAUUAACAACUUCCUAUAGUAGUUGUGUGAAUGAGACUAAUA